AUGGAUUCUAAGCUUUUCCUACUUGGAGCAUUCAUCAGUGCUGCGUUUCUGGUCUGCAGUGACACGUACUUUGUUAAAAUGACUAAUGCAGUCUGCAAGUCUUACAAUGAAUCGUGGGUCGUUAUUCAUUAUUGCCGACUGAAGGCCCAUUCACGCAACAAAACCAGCUUAAAUAUAAAUGCAACCUUUCUGGAGCCAGCUAACAACAUUUUUGUCAAAGUUAAGCUAAUGAAGAAGGCCAAUGGCUAUAAGCCAUUUCUGAUUGAUCUCACAAUAGAUGCCUGCGAAUUCAUGAGAAAAAGAAAUAAUCCCGUCGUCAAGAUCAUAUAUAAAAUGAUUAAGGAUGUGUCCACGGUGAAUCAUACGUGUCCAUAUGUGGGCUUGCAGACGGUGAGCGAUUUCUAUGAUAUCCGAAUUCCCGUUCCAUUGCCAACUGGAGAGUACCUACUUUUAGGGGACUGGAUAUUCGAUGCUAAGGCGCAGUUCGCUACAAAUGUUUAUUUCACCUUUGUGGAGGAUUAA